AUGGCUCCCCAGAGGCCCAAAGACGUACCAUGCCUGGGGAAGAGCGCGCGCCGCUCCACGCGGCCGCCGCGGCAGGACGCCAUAGUGCAGCGCGCUCGCGAGAAGGUUGGCACCGAGGAGGGAUGCGCCCCCCUCGGUGGCGACAGCGAGCGCUUCGUGGCGGAGUGCUACACGGCCCCCGCGCCCCCCGCCCACGCCACCGCGAGCGCGGUGGCCCUCGCGGCGCUGAGCACCGGCGGGGCUGCGACGGGCUACGCGGCCUCCAUGCCGUACGCCAUCUCCACCGCGACGGUCGGCGGGGGUCUGAGGCGCAGACAUGGCAGCGCUCGGGGAUGCCCACUGACCUCCUCGCGUCGUGGAUGA